AUCGCGCCGGGUACCCGCCCUCCCCGGGCUCGCCCCUUCUCCACGCUCCGUAUUCCCCCCUCCCGGGCACGCCCCCCUUUGCUCCAGGUGCCCACCCUCCUGUCGCCCACUGAGUCUGCUGCUGGGAAUGGCCCCGCGGGUCCGGGUACCGGGCCUUUUCUGGUCUCCCUGGGUAACACACCCCCCUCUCAGAUUUUGAGUAUGGGCUCUCGCCUCUCCUGGCUUGUGUGCGCCUCCUACUCUGGGUACCGACUCUCUCCUGACCCUUAGGUCUGGCUUCCCACCCUUCCAUGACCUCCCCUGAGUGUGACCAUAGGCAUGGCUGUUUCCAGGUUGGGCCAUCCCUGGGGAUAGCUCCCUGGCUCAGAAUACCCACUUUCCCCUGCCCUCUCUGGACACAGCCCACAGACUCUAGGUGCUGAUUCUCUCUGGCCCUCUGGGUCUGGGUACAUCCUUCCCUGAGCAUGCACCUAAGCAAGGCUCAGGAGGCUGGGUAUCAACCCCCUCUGUCCCACUGCAUCUGUGUUCUGACCCGCCCCUGCCCUGAGCACAUACUUUGGCAUGAUUCAUCUGAUCCAUGUACUGAUUCUCCCCUGCUUUCAGUGUAUACCUGACUAAGGCCCACCAGUUCCACGUACUGAAUCCGUCAUGCCGUACACAUGCACCGUAGCCCUGUGCAAGGGUCAGAUGAUUCAGGCAUUGACCCCUCUGCAAGCCCGGCAGGUCUAGGAUGGAAAAAUAAAUGCAUCAAUAAGGAAGGGUUUGAAAACUACACAGAAAUUCUACUGCUGUCCUAUUGAAGGCUGCCCCAGAGGACCAAACAGACCGUUUUCCCAAUUUUCGCUUGUAAAACAGCACUUUAUGAAAAUGCAUGCUGAAAAGAAGCACAAAUGUGAUAAAUGUAGCAACUCGUAUGGCACAGAGUGGGACUUGAAACGACACAUAGAAGACUGUGGCAAGACUUUCCAGUGUACUUGUGGAUGCCCUUAUGCCAGCAGGACAGCAUUACUAUCUCAUGUUUACAGAACUGGCCAUGAGGUCCCUGCAGAGCAUAGGGAUCCACCUAGUAAGAAAAGGAAAAUGUGCACUGAAGUUUCCCAUCGGCAGUUGGCAGAGAAAACGAGUGAAGCAUUCAUCAAUGCACGACGCACCAGUAGUACUUGCACUCGGGAACUGGAAUCAUCAGAGAUUAAACUAAUGGCCCCCUUUGAAGGCUCUUGCAGUUCUAAUAUCAGUAAGCAAACUCUCUCACAGCCAAAGUGUACACCGAAGAUGCUUUUGCCAAAGCCUAAAGUGGCUUUGGUUAAACUUCCAGUAAUGCAGUUUGCUCACUUGCCUGUUUUUGUGUCAGCAACUAAUUCCUCUGUCAAACCUGUUGUAGUGACUGUUGACAAUCAAGGCUCUGUUGUGAGUACUGUUCACUUAUUACCUCAGUCUAUUGGAAUUCUGAUACCAGCACUGGAGGCUGAAGCACUUGUAUUUAAAGACACAGUGCCUGUUUCAAAAAUGGCAAAUUCUGGUGAUGUUGAGCCGAUUGGCACCAGUGUCCAAGUCAACUUGGAUAAGGCAACAUCAAACAAUACAGAACAAGAGCUGGAGAGUGUGCGUCACAAGAAUAAAAUCUCUUCAAUAAAUGUACAAACUGAUUUGUCUUACAUUUCACAGAACUUUGGGCCAGCUGCAGCCUGGACUCCUGAUUCUUCGGUAUCUUCUUGCUCUCAGACAGACCUAACAUUCAGUUCACAGGUUUCACUACCAAUCAGUGUUCAGACUCAGACACUGUUGCCCAGUUCUAAACUGACUUCCUCCAUUGCUGCCCAGACUGAUGCUUUUGUUCAGGCUUGUUUCCAGUCAUGUGGUGUUUCUAGAGAGACUCAAACCAAUAGAACACAGAACUCUGUUGAUGGGAGAGUACAAAUGGAUCAGGCUGUAAUGUGCAGUGACAUUUUUGGCGAUGUUCAUUCAGCUUACAAUGUUUCAACCCAGAUUGGGCUCCCAGAAAACAAUUUAAUGGCUACAAACAUGGAUCAAAGCUUGCUACAAAGAAGUAACUGCAAGACCCUGAGUCAGGAAACACUGAAAUCUGAACCCAUUAUCAACUUCAAUACACAGACUAAUGUACUCCCUCAGCAAAAUAUGACCGAUAAUCAAACCCAGACAAUGGACUUACUAAGUGACCUGGAAAACAUCUUCUCAGGUAACAUGACUGGCCAGACAUUGGAUAAUCGAGGUCUUCUGUCUGACACAGGCUCUGGUGCUGACACACACCUGCCAUCUGGCCCAACACAGAGCACAGCAAUAGACUUUGACAUUGAAGAGUUCUUUUCAGCCUCCAAUAUUCAAACUCAAACUGAGGAGAGUGAACUUGGUAAUCUGAAUUCGGAGCCAGUCUUGGAAUCGCUGGACAUUGAAACCCAGACUGAUUUAUUUUUUUCAGACAGUGCCACUCAGUCCUAUAGCUGCAAAGGAAAUUCUAACUUCUUAGGUUUGGAAAUGUUUGAUACCCAGACACAGACAGACCUAAAUUCUUUCUUAGACAGUAGCACCCACUUGCCUUUGGGAAGUAUUCUGAAGCAGUCUAGCUUCUCCAUGAGCACUGACUCAUCAGAUACUGAGACCCAGACAGAAUUACACUCUGCUGCUAAAAAUAUACCUAGUCAAAAUAUAGAAAAUAAAGUCCAGCUGAACAGUGCUGAAACACAGACUAUGGAUAGCUGUUUUGAGACCCUGGGAAGCCUAUUCCUUACCAGCAAUGAGACACAGACAGCUAUGGAUGACUUUCUGAUGGCUGACUUGGCCUGGAAUACAAUGGAGUCACAGUUCAGUUCAGUAGAAACACAGACAUGUGCAGAAUUGUGUUCCUUGGUUUGUCAAAAGUUUGGAACAAGCCAUUGAGGGAUACUUAAUAAAAUUGUUUUCCUUAUGGUUUGAAACUAAGUUAUUAGGGUGUGGAAGGGGAGAAAGGACUGACCAAGCUACCUACAUUUGAAUGUAGCUGUCCACAUGCAUUGGUCUAAAAAAAACCUUUUCAUGCAUAAGGUACUUCAGCUGUUCACUGUGUGCAUAAAUGUGUACAUAUUUGUAACCUGUUAAUGUAACUUUUAAAGUGAAUGUUCUCAUGGUGCCUACCAUUGUUGGUUGAUCUGUGUCUCAAAACUGUCAGCAUGUCCCUGGAACCUCAGUUCAGGUGUUUGCAUAUGCCUGUAUACUUCUGACUCAAACCUAGGCUUUUAUAAUCUUGGAUCAAAAGUGGCAUAUACCCCUCAUCUUCAUUGGCAUAAACUGUUUUCUAUUUUUUAAAACUUAGAUUUGACAAGUUUAUAAUCAUGUCAAGGUUUACUAGUCCUACACAAAGAAUAUUGAAGAGUUUCUUAGCAGGUGUAAUUUCCAAGCAUUUGUCCCAAAAAAUAGCCUGUAACACACAUUUUCUGAUUGCGUAUAUAAAGUGCAACUAGUGUGAAUAGUGAAAUUUGUUUUUACUUCUCUCUGAAUUGGUGUAAUUAGUGUUGAUGUUAAGGGGGCAUAAAAUGAAUUUUUGAGAUACUUAACUCUUAAAGUUGCCAUGCAGUAACAUGGCUGCAUGUACUGUAAUAAAACAGCAUGCAAGUCUAAAGUAUUUUUGGACUUUUCAAAGAGGGAUUUGUGUUCCUAACUCUGAAUUGCAAGAAACAAAUUAAGGAAAUUCUCAAUAUUAGAAUAUUUAUUUGAUUGAAGGUUAAGAAGAAAUCUUCAGGGUAUGUGAAUUACAGUGCAACAAUCGUAAGUUAUUUGCUAAUUUGAGGAACAGUAUAUUUGUAAUACUAGAACUACCAACCUUACCAAAGACCUUAGAGCUGUUAGACUUGUUAUGAUUGAAUUUUCAGAUAUUCUUUUGAUCAGAUUACUACCUGAAAUUGUAUUCCUCAACAAGUCGAAGUAGAACUCCCAAAGGUCAGAGUGUUUUAGACUGCUGAUUUCCCUGUAUAGCAGCAGGUACAUUGUUCCUCUGCACAGUGGGCUCAGCAGCCCCUGGCUUGGCUGCAAGGCAUUCCUCGUCAGCAGUUACCUGUUUAAAGCUGAUUACACUCCAGAAAGCGUUGAGAUUUCCUUCAUCUACUCUCUUCUCCUAGUGGUCAGUUACAACAGUCAUAUGUCCCAAUGGAAAGGCAGUUAUUCUGUUGUGAAUUUCUGCUGUGUGAGCCAGUCUUCAGUCUUGCAUUACUCUUUUUUUCUUAUCUUUUUGGCGUUUUAGGUGUUACUUAUUCUGUAUUUUCUUGUAACUUUAUUUUAGGAGCAUCCAGUUCUGCCAUGAAUGUCAGUCUGGAAGGCUUGGUUGCAACUGUGCCUUGGAGCACCUGUACGUGCCAUCUAGAAAUAUUUGGAUUCCAUGCUUUCUUGUCUCCAGUCUGAGAAGAUUAGCAUGUAAAAGGCGCAAUCCUCCCUAUCUGUGUUAGUAGGAAACUCAAAGCACAGUUGGUCUGAUGCAGCUUAAGUGGUGGUGACGAUUUCAGGAUUCAGAUGGCUGUGGUUUCAUUCCUGUUUGGAGCACCGCACUGGGGUCAGAAUACCUCAACACUAGCAAGAUCUGUGGGGUGUUAGAACUCUACACCUCAACGGAAUUUGUAAUGUUGGAGCCUAGAUUGCAUUAAGAUUUCAUCAGAGUACAGUGAACUUGCAUGGCACUGACAGCAUCAUUGAUCUAUUAGGGCUUGCUGCACCAUUAAAGCUUAAUGCAUUAGCAGAUAAUCUUGGAUCACAUCAGAGCUCUCCCAAUACAGGCACAUCUUGGAGCCCUAGAGCUCGCUCGUUGUUGCUAUUUCCAAUAUCGUCGGUCAGUGCUACAUGGUGGCGGCUCAAAACAGAGGCGUGGCAUAUUUCUGAUACUAGUCGGUAUCUUUGAGGGACUUGGAGCAUUGGCCUGUUUGUAUACAAAGCUCCUUAACAUAUCGAGAACCAAUGCUGUAGAGUAAUUUUUAUGAUGUACAGGUGCUUUGCCCAGCUAUGCCAUGAUGCACUAGGCUGAUGUGCUGUGAGUGAACUAGUGUUGAGGAAGUAAGUUUGGGGUGCGGGUGGCUUGGCACAUUACAGAGCCUUCUCUUUGGGAGAGUUCUUCAUGCUGGUGAUUUGAAUUGCUUUGCCUCAGAGCAUUUCGGACCACUUUUACCCAAUCCCACUUUCAGCAUGAUCAUUUGUUACGGUACACCAAAAUGUUGGUGGGACCUGGAUGGCUUAGUGUGAUGUGCAGUGGAUGGAUUGCAUACUUGGUGUCCCAGACACAUCAGUUUCUGUGCCUCUGUAGCCCACUUUCAGGGUUAGGAUUUCAUAGUUGAUUCCUUUUUUGAGCAUUACAUUUUAGAGCACUGCUGUUGUGUGUCAAUCAGAAAGGCAUUGCCUCUAGAUAUCUUGGAGCAUUGGACAUUAUACUCCUCAUUCAUGCUGUUGAGGAAGUCAGAUACCUAGACAUUGGUGUAUCAUGGAGCCAUUUCCAUUUAUAAGUAUUACUUGUUGGAGAGGUUUGCCCAUCUAUCUGUCAGAACGGGGUCCUUAGAGAAAAUAAUGUUUAUGCCUUUCCCUAAAGCACCUAGCCUGAAUUGUCCAGAGGCCUGGAAUACUGCAAUGCUGAGAGAAACGUAAGACAUGAUGAUCUAACGGAGAGUAUUUUCCAGAAGGUGGCAGUACCACCUUGUGCCGUAGUGAAACUUGAAUUCUGAUUUUUUUUCCAAUAGUAUUCUGGUGCUAGUCAUUGGAUGUACCACAAAACAUGAUAUCCAUGGGCCUGAAGUCCAAGGAAGAACAAAAUACAUAAUGCAUGUAGACAGAUGAUGAAACCUGAGCUGCUCUCUCUUAACUGUGUUCACCAGUGCAUUCAAAUUCCAUGAAGUCAAAUUUAGCAGUGCCCUGUGCUGUCCAGUUGAUAUCUACCUUUACAUAGCCCCCUGUUCUACUUAUAUUUGGGAUGCAUGUUAACUACCUGAGCCUACUGUAGUCUCUGGUCUGUUCUUUGGUAGCUUUGGGUCAUGUUUAUGAAUCUAGGGACAUUACUGAGCUCUAGAAUAUUGGCUUCUGUCUCAAACUUUCUUCUCCUAGAUGUAAUGUUGCCUCUUACUCAGCUGAUGUGUCUUCAGUUACUUUACUGACUUAAGGAAUAACCAUUCUGGCUACAUCAGAAAGGGAAGGGCUGGAUUAAGCUCUUAGCAUAUCCCUUCAAGUAUAUCCGUAGUUGGUCAUUUUCAUGGAUCAUGUGCAGCAUCCAAAGCAACUCCUUAUCACAUUUUGUUCACCAGUAAUAGUAAGGACCCAAGAUCUUACUUUCAGUUUUGCACAGGAGGUGGUAUUAGGUAUAUAUAUUGAUGCUAAACAGUCACACAUCUCUGAGAAGGUUUGGGAGAUCUGAUGGAAGUGAUCUAUAGCCCUUGCUUUCUGGGCACAGCUCCCAGUGCAAAAUGGUGAUUGUUUCUUGUCUUUGCUAUGAGGGACUACGCUGUGUGCUCUGAAGGUUGCAAAAAUAUUCCUUUGUCAAAUCAGUCUUCUCUUUUAGCAUAAACUGGGAGACAGAAGCUUUUGGGCAUCUGUAUCCUGAAAUUGUGUAGUGCAAAAGCAAAUCCUUGUCCGUGCUGUUGGUCCCCUAUUUAAUAUCUUCCUGAUAUUCUUAAAUGGGGGAAUAUCCCCAAAGUCUCCAUAAUCCUGACUGUACAAAACUGCCUUUUGCGGUUCUUGUUCUCUGUGAUCUUUGGUGAAUUGGCUUUCUACUUUAUAGAUCCACCCCCUCAGGUUCGUUGGUCUCUAGACGCAGGAACCCAGUCAACUUGAUAUACUGAGAGAAGGGAAAAUUACUUGCACGUAAUUCUGAUUCCCUGAAGAUCUGGUAUGACUGGAUUCCUUCUCACCUUCCCAAUUCUUAUGAGACAUGGAUGAAAUAUGGCUGCAUGAAUCCAUCCUAUCCAUUGCUAUUUAUAGCAAUGUUUAUGUUUUGGUUUUAAGAGUACUUUCUCACUGGCUUCCUAUAGAACCAGAUAAUGCAUUUCUUAGUGCACAGACUUUGGUUCAGAAGCCCAAAACUCUAGAAUGGGAAUCAAUUUCUAUGAUGCGUUCAGACAGUAAAAUCACGGCAUGUAAGUUCCUCACUAUUAGCCACCCAAGUAAAAUAGCUAGCCACCCCAUAGUCACAUGAUGCAGACCUGCAGGUUAGCCUUUCUUUGGUUUAAGCCUACAACUCUUUGCAAAGGAGUGAAUUGUGCAUUCCCUGUUAUCAGUGUUUGACACACCAGCAGCAUUUUUUUCAAAUAAAAGUGCAUUUACACUGCUGGUUCCUUUUCACAGUUGUCUUAUUAGAUAGUAUCAUGGUAUUCAUUUCUCUAAAAUAUAUGCAGUUAUAGAGUAUGAAAUUCCAGGCCUGAAUUUGGCCCACUUCUGCCAACCCCCACAGGAUUAACAUUUUGUUAUUUGGAUGAUACCUUAAAUGAGUGUGCUAUUAUAACGAUUUGAAAUUGUUAAAUAAAAUCCAGUAGCAUGAAAACAAUUGAACAGUAAAUAUAUCUUAUUUUGAGAUACAUGGGUCACUUUAGACUGUAGGUAACUUUGGGUCUAAACAAAUGUGUUCUGUUCAUUCUGAUUAUAGAAAACUGUUUUCAUUGGAAUUAUGAAAAUGAGUCUGGAAAAUUCCUUACACUAAAGGAAUAGAUUCCACAGCAUUAAGAUACCUUAGUUCUGGAUUUGCUAAUUAACAUUUCUCAUAGAUAAGGGAGAGGCCAUGCAACCAAAUUUGGCCUUAUUAUGUAUGCUAUGAACUGACUAAAUGCAUUAAAACUUGAGUAGAAAUCUUUAGAUAAACAUUAAUGCUUCCAAACUCUUUUUUUCUUUAUUUCAAUUUUUCUGGCAUUGCCCUUCCAAAAUUUGCACUACUUGAAGUGUCAGUCUGCAAACUUGAUUUUAGACAGGAUUCUUUUCCACUAUUUUUACCAAUAACUUAGAUGUUCCAUUACCUUUUUGUUGGCUUGUAGUGCUAGCUAGUGAAUAAAAGGAGACUUUUUUCUUUCACACCCAAAGUAGCCUGUCAUUCCACAUAGCCUCUCCACCCAUGCCUUUAUGUACUCAUACUUGCACUAUGUGCUUUCAUUCCCUGCUUUAUCACAAUUUCUCAUCCUUGCAACUAUAGGAUCUUUCUUAUGUGUGUUUUAGACCACUCUGAACUCCACUUCCAUUCCAGACUCACACGGGUUCUCACUGGCCACCUAAUCAUGACCUGUUUGUGUGGGAAAAACUUGAAUGUGGGAUUUUCCAUUAUGGAUCAGCCAUCAGGUUAAUCAAAUCCAGUAUUUUGCCACUGGCAAUACGCACUACCUGAUCCUUCAAAGGAAAAUGGAAACCACUAAAAACACUGUAGAGUCUGAUCCAAAGCCAUUGCUGUCAGUGGGCUUAUGGAUCUGACCUUCAGAAAACUGUGUAAUACUUUGUCAUAGCUGAAUUUUCCCCUGUUCUGUCACAAUCAUUUUACUAUGCCUUCAAGUGUGAGUUAAGUUGAUCUGCUUUAACAGCCUUCCAAGAAAAAUAAAAUUGCAUGUUACCUUGUCUGUCUAAAGCAUCCAGUUUGUCAAAGGAGAGUAAAAGCAGUCCAGAGAAUAGUCUGUAUUUUCCCUUGGAUACAUCUGCAUAACUCUCAUGGCAUGCAGAUUCACUGAGACCGAUACCAAGGACAGAACACUUAAAUGGAGGAGUAAAGCUACUGUGGACACUUCUAGCUUUAGAGACUAAAAUAGAGUAUUUUACAUGCACCUGAACAGGGAAGUGGCAUGUUGGUAAUAUGUACAAAUAUGGCUAUUUGGUUGUGAGCAUAUGCAUACAUCAACUUAAAAACAAAAACCUGGCUUCAGCUUCUGAAAGAAUAUUGACACAUGUAAUUUGCAUACGUUGCACUUUCUUUCAUUAAUAUAAAAGAGACCUAAUAAAUUCAGGGCAUGAGUCCCUUUCCUUGUACACAGCACAAUAUUAGCACAAUGACCGCUAAAAAAUUAGAUAGUUUAAGCUUAACAAAGAGUUGCCUUGCAUUUAUCGACAUCACUAUAGUAAAAGUUUACAUUAAGCUCUCAUAAGAGGGGAGGCAUAUUUGUUUAUACUAUGAAGCAUCCAUUUCUAUGUAUACACUUGUAAAUACUUACUUAAGCUAUUACUUGACCUGA